AAAAAAAAAAAAAAAAGAGAGAAAGAAAGUAAAGAUGACCAAUAGUUCAGUUUCUGCUACUCACGAUGAGAACAGCAAUACUAGUAGUAAUACUACAGAAAAUAAUAAUUCAGUUGGGCGGAUUCUUAGAGGCACGGUGUUAUUCACGGCAAUUGCUUUGGGAUGUUUCGUUCUUCUUAAUAAUUCCGUCAAUCGUCUUUCAUUUCAUCCAAUUUCCUAUUAUGCAUCUUCAUAUAUUGGAGCCACUUCUUCUUCUUCAGCUUCUCAGAUGGCGAACUAUGCCGAAUUAGAUAAAGUUCUAAGAAACGCAUCAAUGGUUAUGGGAGGCGAGAAGAAAACGGUAAUUAUAACAACACUGAACGACGCUUGGGCAGAGACAAAUUCGAUAUUCGAUCUAUUUGUGGAGAGCUUUGCGAUUGGAAACGACACAAAGGGAUUGCUGAAGCAUUUGGUUGUUAUAUGCUUGGACGACAAGGCGUUGGCUCGUUGCUUGGCUUCACAUCCUCAUUGCUUUCGACUUGAAACAAAGGGAGCCAAUUUCACCAGAGAAGCAUCUUUCAUGUCGUCUGCCUAUUUAGACAUGAUGUGGAGAAGAAUUCAGUUUUUGGGUUCUGUUCUUGAGAUGGGUUACAGCUUCGUUUUUACGGAUGCUGAUAUAAUGUGGCUACGAGAUCCAUUUCAACGUUUUUUCCAAGAAGGAGAUUUUCAAAUUGCAUGUGAUUACUACAAUGGAAAUUCCCACGAUCCACACAACCCACCAAAUGGAGGAUUUACUUACGCGAAAUCAAAUGAUCGGACGAUUAAGUUUUACAAGUUUUGGUAUUUAUCAAGAAGGGCUUAUCCAGGGCUACAUGACCAAGAUGUACUUAACGAGAUAAAGUUUUCUCCAGUCAUUGGAAAGAUUGGACUAAAAAUGAGAUUUUUAGAUACAGCUUACUUUGGAGGGUUUUGUCAGCCAAGUCGGGAUCUUAACUUGGUUUGUACAAUGCAUGCAAAUUGUUGUGUUGGUCUUAAUAAGAAAAUCAACGAUCUUACUAUUUUGCUUCAAGAUUGGAGAAGGUUUACGUCAAAACAACCAAAUAUCAACUCACAUUCUUCAUGGAGUGUUCCACAAAAUUGCAGUACUUUCUUCAAAGAUAUGGUACAGAAGAAACCUAGAAAUAUAUAGCAGAUGAAGAUGCAAUUUCAUAUUUCUCUUCCUUGCGGAAUGUUCUCUUGAUCGUCGAGGGACUGCUUAUUUACUGCUCUACCAAAUCUUUGGAAAACCAUGCCUUCAGCAGAAUUCGCUACACUAAAGCAAAUGUACACAUAUAAUAACUCAUAUUUAUAUAUACAUUUAAAGUUCUAUGUCAUAAUUUUUUUAGGGGAUAUAUUAUCAUGGUUCUAUAAGUUUAAGAUUACUUCAAA